CGCAAAGGAACCCAGCGUCACCGAGCAGUCCGGCGCUCCAACAGGCGGGGGCCCAAUAAGAAAGAUGAUGUGAUCUUGUGAAUUUGGCUGAUCUAUUUACAGAUGGUAUUCUGUAUAUCUUCCAAUAUAUGAACAAGUGAAGAGCCUGUCUUUGUUUAUGUUCAAUCUUUUGACUGUCCAAAUAAGCAGAAAGAAUGCAUUUUUACAUCCAUCUAAACAGACCAAAAUAUUUUAAGUACUGCAUUGCAAAGAAAACAAGUCUGUAAGGUGCAGGCGAUUUGGUGCCAUAGGUUUGGUGUAAAGAAAAUUUUGUAAAUACCUUGAAAAACAAAGAGCUUUAAUUUAGUAUUUAACAUUUUUAAAAAAAGUGUUUGGUUUUUUGGUUGAAAUAACUGAGCAAAAUGAUGAUGUUGAAUCCAGUGACUUUAGAGCAUGGUUAUUUUGCAAGGCUGGCAGAAGGCCUAUCCUUUACGCCUGGUGAGGAAUUAAAGUUUGAGAUGCUUCGUUUGAAGACUUAUGAGCAAUGGAAUGAUUACGACAAAGCCCGUCCAAUCAAACUGGCAAAAGCAGGCUUUGUAUACACUGGGCAUAGCUCUCUUGUGCAGUGCUUUGUAUGUCGGUGCAACAAACAAGACUGGAACAAGAACUUGGACCCUAUGACGGAACAUGUCAAAUUGAACUCUCAGUGUCCCUUUGUGCGUCAUGUUCCCAACAUUAACAUCUCCGUGUUUAUCCCAGAUGAUGAUACCUACAAACGUAUUAAUGAUUUGCUUCAUCAGCAGUACUGCGUUUCUGCUGGACAUCAUCCUGAAUCGGGAGGAUCAAGUUCUGUGGCAGUGGCAGUACAUACAUCAGAUCCGCCACCACCUACAGGCAGACCGCUAGCUGGACAACCAGCUGCUACUGUGACCACUUCCUCAGACAGUCACAACUAUCCCGUUGUGGCUAGUGACAAUGCGUCUGCCGGUACCACUCAGCAGGCAAUAGGGGACUACAUUUCUAGAGAUUCUGAAGCUGCUCCCAUUCGGGAGGAGUUUGCCCGUUUCAAAGCUGAAGCUGCCAGAUUUGCCACAUUCAACAGUUGGCCUAGCACUGCUAGGGCCGACCCCCGUGAUCUAGCGAGGAAUGGUUUCAUAUACACAAGGAUUGCUGACAGAGUGCAGUGUGUGUUCUGCAGAGGCAUUCUCAGGAACUGGACAGAGGAGGAUAAUCCUGCAGACGAACAUCUGGAGCACUUUCCCCACUGUCCAUUUGUCAAUGGUGAAAAUGUUGGUAACAUACCAGAUGUUCACAUUACUGAAGGCAAUGACUUUGUGAAUGUGAUCUCUGAUAUGACUCUCGGUAUUGUGACUGACAGACCAAGACAUCCAAACUAUGCAGUUGAGGCUGUACGACUGAAUUCAUUCGUGAACUGGCCCACUACAAAGGAACAGACUCCAGAAAUGCUUGCAAAGGCUGGAUUUUUUUAUGCAGGAAUUGGAGACAGCGUUAAAUGUUUCUUCUGUGAUGGUGGUCUAAGAACCUGGGAACCUGGUGAUGAUCCAUGGAGAGAACAUGCUCGUUGGUUUGCAAAAUGUCCGUAUGUCCGUCAGGUCAAGGGGCCCGAGUUCAUUGCAACAGCAUCUAGGAAUGCCAAUGCGAAUGCUGCCAGAACCCGAAAUGACAACAAGAAAAACCAAACACUUG